ACUCCCUCUCUUGCGGCCACGCCGGGACAUUUCUACAUUCAGCAAAAUUCAGAAAAAUUUCUUGGUAUAAAUACUGGGUGGUGGCUUUUACAGAUCACACUUGAACACACAAGCUCAACAUGUUCAGCAAGAUCCUCGCCCUCUCCGCCCUCGUGGCCGCUGCCUCCGCCGGUGUCGUCGGCCCCGCGCUGACCACCUACGCCGCCGCCCCCGCCUACUCGGCGUACGCUGCCCCCAUCGCCCGUGCCGCCUAUGCCGCCCCCGCCUACGGCUAUGCCGCCCCCGCCCUUGCCCGCGCUUCCUACGCCGCUCCCCUGGCUUAUGCCGCCCCCGUCGCCAAGGCUGUCGUUGCUGCCCCCGCUGAUUACGACGCGAACCCUCAGUACAGCUACGCUUACUCCGUGUCCGACGCUCUGACCGGAGACAACAAGGAACAGCACGAGACCCGCCAGGGAGAUGUUGUCCAGGGCUCUUACUCCCUCAUCGAGGCCGACGGCACCCGUCGCGUCGUCGACUACACCGCUGACCCCAUCAACGGAUUCAACGCCGUCGUGCACAAGGAGGCCGCCGUUUCCAAGGCUGUUGUCGCCGCCCCCGCCAUCGCUAAGGUCGCCGCUCCCCUGGCUUAUGCCGCCCCCGUCGCCCACGCCGCCUAUGCCGCACCCGCCUACGCUCGCGCCUACGCUCCCGCUGCGUACGCCCCCGCUGCGUAUGCCGCCCCCGCUUACGGCCGUGCCUACCUCGGUUAAACUUGUACAAAUUUCACCUGUUACACUCAUCUAAUUUAUUUGUGAAUAAUUCAUCUCUCAUAUUUUCGUGAAUUUUAUCACGAGCAUACAAGACUUUGAAUUGAAUAAAUGUAAACAUACAAACGAGA